CCAAAAAGAUGUCCAUAGACUUUUAAAUUCUUAGAAGUCUUCUCAUUUUCUCCUCUAAAACAAAAGUCUUGCUAUAUAUAGUCCCAAGCUUCUUCUCAAAAUUCACCUCAUAAUUUUUCUAAUCAAUGGCUUCAAUCUAUUCACUUCUUCUUUUUCUUUCACUUUUACAACUACAGUGCACUCUAUCUACUGGGAACAACCAUAUUAUCCACAGAAAAUCCUUAGAAAUCAUUUCCGGCAGUGGUGUCGGUGGCAUUCCACCACCGUUACCUUCACCGCAACCAAAACCUGAAGAAUGCCCUCCUCCAUGCCCGCCACGGCCACCGCCUCCACAACCUGAAGAAUGCUCUCCUCCACCACCUCCUCCAUGCCCUCCUCCACGGCCACCGCCUCCACAACCUGAAGAAUGCCCUCCUCCACCUCCUCCUCCAUGCCCUCCUCCACCGCAACCAAAACCUGAAGAAUGCCCUCCUCCACCGCCUCCUCCAUGCCCUCCUCCACCGCCUCCUCCUCCACCGCCUCCUCCUCCAUCGCCUCCUCCUACACCUUCCCCCAAAACACCACCACUUCCUCCGCCGGAGUCGAUACAUUCACCACCCAAAGCACCGCCACUUCCACCGUCGGAGCCAUCACGCUCACCGCCUAAACCACCGAAAUCACCACCGCCGCCGCAACUAACUUUUGCGAGUCCACUACUAAAGAAAGUCUACCCAGUCCUCCAAGCUUUCAAGAAACUAGUCGAAGUCGAUCCAAAGAACAUUCUUGCUUCUUGGAAUGGCUCCGACAUUUGCGGCAAAUACCGCGGACUCGAAUGCGCGAUGUUCCCUGGAACAAAAUAUCAAGCAGUCGCCAGCGUCCAGUUUAACGGGUUUAACUUCUCCGGCAAGAACCUUCGAUUAGAUAACUUUCUCGACAAGUUAGACACAGUCACCAUCUUUCACGCAAACUCCAACAACUUCUUAGGCUCUGUCCCUAAAGUCAGCAACUUGAAGUACUUAUUCGAGCUUGACCUAAGCAACAACAAACUUACCGGAGAGUUCCCAGCUUCUGUCUUAAAAGCAACAAAUCUCACGUUUCUCGAUCUCAGGUUCAAUACUUUCUCAGGCUCUGUUCCACGUCAGGUCUUUAAUCUCGAUCUCGACGUCUUGUUCAUCAACAACAACAAUCUUGUUCAGAAACUUCCACACAAUCUUGGCUCCAUCACCGCUCUUUAUCUCACAUUCGCCAACAACAGGUUCACUGGUCCAAUUCCUGCUAGCAUAGGCAACAUUAAGUACCUACAAGAAGUACUUUUCUUGAAUAACCAGUUAACCGGAUGCUUACCAUAUCAAAUAGGCAAGCUAAACCGAGCCACUGUUUUUGAUGUUGGGUAUAACAACCUAACUGGUCCUAUACCAUAUUCUUUCGGUUGCUUAGACAAGAUGGAACAACUCAACUUAGCCAGAAACAAAUUCUUUGGAACCAUACCAGAGAUCGUAUGCGAGAUUUCCAGUCUCAAAAACCUCUCCCUCUCCUAUAAUUUCUUCACUCAGGUCGGUCCAAAAUGUAGGAAUCUCAUCAAGAGAAACAUUCUCGACGUUCGUAUGAAUUGUAUACUUGAUCUUCCAAACCAGAAAACGCCACUGGAAUGUGCUAACUUCUUCACGCGGAAACAUACAUGUCCUAAUUCCAAGUCCAUGUUUCGGAUCCCUUGUGGUAAAAAUCCAAACAGGGUCAGACUGGAUCAAGAGCAGUUGGAGAACGAACAAGCUCAAACUUCUUCUCCGGUAUCUUACUGGGCACUUAACCCGGACCGGAUUCAAAACAGAUAAACUUUUUUUGAUGUAUUAUGGCGUGUUACAAUAAGUGUUUAUACCAUUUGCGGUUUAUAAAUUCUAUAUUAAGUAUUAACUAAAUAAAUGCAUUUGUUAACUAGUUA